AUGGAACACCUUCACAGCCGAAUGCCAUACGCUCAAUGGCGGCUGCAGGUAUUUCAUCAAUUGUUUCUCUCAUCUUGCUCGUCCAGUCCGGCUUUUCUCUCUCGUCGCGUGCAUUCAAACAGCAGCUAUAACGCCGAACCUAGCACUGGAGAGGGCAACAAAAACAACACCAAUAAAAUCCACGACAAUGCAUCUAAAACUGGCUCUACUAAACGCUUAUCGCAACUCCUUCCCCAGUCGCCACUCAUAACGAACCCAAAUCCCGGCCGCGCCCUCCGACACCGCAAGAAACGCCUCCCAACACCGGACGAUCUCUCAGAGAUCAGCAAUAACCCAUGGGCGGUAGCCCUCGCUUCGCCAGUUCGCAUGUGUAAUGUGACAGGAACUCGAAUCCCCAGGGCACUUCUGACAGAAUGGGGCCUCGUAGAAGAGCCAGCACGAGAGUCAACGCCAGAACCAGAUCCCAUAUCCGCGCCAGCUUCUGAUUCCUACUUCAACGCCGAAUCAAACACACAAGUACACACGCCUCGCCCCAAAAGGCUCGAGAAUAAGGUCAAGGACAAUAAAUUAUGGAUUCUGCCCCUCAGUCUCCUCAAAGACGAUGUGGUUAAGAAAGAGGGCAAGGAUAACCGCCCACACCUCAAAUUCCGUAUGCUCGACCGCAAUUAUAUCCUCCAAACAAUCACAAACGCAGAGCGACGCAAAACCAAGCAAAAAAACUUCAUCGCGAACUUGAUCCCUCACAGGUGGAAGCCUCCGCUGGGGCCUUUAAAUGCAGAACAUCAAAAACGCCUCGCCUGGCGAGCUGAUAUGCCUGAUUUCGUGCUCGGAGUGAAACGUCGGGAGGCGUUGAAGCAAUUGAAACAUGUCUCGGAUUUAUUGGACUCGAAAAAUAAGUCACAUGCAAGGUGGAUGUCUUUUGAUGUUCAGAAACCUUACUCCGGGAAGACGCUUGUCGAAGGGCUAAUAACAGAAGGCCUUGCAGGGAAGGAGGUACACCAUGGGUUGGAGACAGGUGUCUUCCUGGUCCUCGGAGACGGUUCAGGUAGUGGUGCUGGUGAUGCUUAUGAACCGGCCAACUUUCCCGAAUCCGUCGCGCUUCCAGGCAUUGAUAGGAAAGUCCCUAUCUUUGACCUAACGCGACUUCUUUCCCAGGCUGAGCUUGAGGAAAUUCGGGCUUAUCACGUUCGAUUCCAGAAAUUCGGCGCGUUCUUUAAGCCGUCUCGCCAGCCUUGCAUUGAUGCGGUUUUGGCAUUGUGGAAUCUCGAGGGGUACAUCAGGGAAGCCACAAGUUAA